GCCCGAUCCUUGAUUCACUUAAACCAGGGUCCCUCCCCCCUUGAUCCCUCCUUGCGUCGGGUGCCUUUAUCAACCCGCUCGCCCCUCGACCGGACCUGAUCACCAUCUGGCCAUGGCUUCCCUCACCCCCGAGCCCUCGGGAAGCGACUCCAAGUCCGCGCGGGCCUCCGUCAGCGAGGACCCCGCCAAGCUCCUGCACCGCUACUCGUCCGCGCCGGGCGUCGUCGACGAUGUCGUCGCGGUGAUCGACCACCAGGCGGAACGGCGGCUGUGCCGUCGCUUCGACCUGCGACUGCUGCCCGUGCUGGCGCUGAUGUACCUCUUCAACGCCCUCGACAAAGGCAACCUCAGCAACGCCGAAACGGCCGGCAUGAGCGACGACCUGCACUUCCAACCGGGGCAAUACAACCUCCUCCUCUCGAUCUUCUUCAUCCCCUACGUGCUCUUCGCGCCGCCGUUCGCGAUGCUGGGCAAACGCUUCAGCCCGGCGCGAGUGCUCCCGAUACUAAUGUUCUCGUUCGGAUGCUUCACGCUGCUCUCGUCCGCAACCACAAACUUCAGCGGCAUGUUCGCUCUGCGGUGGUUCCUGGGGAUGUCAGAAGCGGCCUUCUUCCCGCUGGUAAUCUACUACCUGACCACGUUCUACCGCCGCGGCGAGCUGGCGCGCCGGCUGGCCAUCUUCUACGCGGCCAGCAACAUCGCCAACGCCUUCUCGGGACUCAUCGCCUUCGGGGUCUUCCAGAUCCAACACUCCUCGAUCCCCAACUGGCGCUACCUCUUCAUCCUGGAAGGCAGCAUCACGGUCCUCUUCUCCACCUUCGCCUACUGGUACCUGCCCCGCUCCGCAUCCAGCGCGUCCUUCCUCGACGCCGACGAGAAAGCGCUGGCGCACCACCGAAUCCAGGUCGACAGCUCCGCGGUGGUCAACGAACCCUUCGACCUCCGCUCCGCAUGCCGGAUCUUCCACCACCCGACGACCUACCUCUUCCUGGCCAUCGAGAUCUGCCUCGGCGUCCCCCUCCAGGGCGUCUCCCUCUUCAUGCCCCAGAUCAUCCAACGCCUCGGCUUCCCCACCGUCAAAACCAACCUCUACACCGUCGCCCCCAACGUGACGGGCGCCAUCAUGCUCCUCCUCCUCGCCUUCGCGUCCGACGCCGCCCGCCUCCGCGCCCCCUUCAUCGUCCUCGCCUUCCUCCUCACCUUCGCCGGCUUCAUGCUCUACGCCUCCAUCACCGACGUCGCGCGCCAGAUCCACCUCGCCUAUUUCGCCACCUUCAUGAUGACCUGGGGCACCGCCGCCCCGUCCGUGCUGCUGAGUACCUGGUACAACAACAAUAUCGCGCACGAGGGCCGCCGCGUCCUGUUGACGAGCAUCGGGGUGCCCUUGGCCAAUCUCAUGGGUCUGGUCGCGAGUAAUGUGUUUCGGGAGCAGGAUGCCCCCAAGUACAUGCCGGCUCUGGUGACCGUGGCGGCGUUUGGGGCGGUCGGGGCCGUGCUGGCGGCGGGGUUGGGGGGCUAUAUGUUCUGGGAUAAUCGGGCGAGGGAUCGACGGGAGGGCGUGCAGAUUAGGGCGGUGGAUGUGCCCACGGAGAGGUUGAGGGAUGGGCCGGGGGGGGUUGGAUUUCGUUGGUUCUUAUAG